CUCCCUCCCCUGUACUGGAGGCAGCAGCUGGAGCAGCAGGGCAGGCAGAGUUAUACUGUGUCUGCAAACAGGGAGCAGCACCCUGCAUCCUGCACCGACAGGGACAGACGUCUGGUGAAGGAUGUUUUCCUCUGUGAUUACGUUUGGGAACCAGCAGUAUUACUCCUUGAAGAAAGAAUGUCAGAAGAAAAAUGAACUUUUUGAAGACCCAAAUUUUCCUGCCAGCAACGAUUCUCUGUUUUACAAGACUCAGCGGGUCCAAGGUGUUCAGUGGAAACGGCCAAAGGAGAUCUGCUCCGACCCUCGCCUCUUUGUAGAUGGCAUCAGCUCACAUGACCUGCACCAGGGCCAGGUCGGAAACUGCUGGUUUAUAGCCGCCUCAUCCUCGCUGGCGUCACGGGAAGCCUUGUGGCAGAAGGUCAUCCCCAACUGGAAGGAACAGGAGUGGAAUGCAGAGAAACCGGAGAGUUACGCUGGGAUCUUUCACUUCAAUUUCUGGCGGUUCGGGCAGUGGGUGGACGUGGUGAUUGACGACAGACUGCCGACCAUCAAUAAUCAACUCAUCUACUGCCACUCCAAUGAGAAGAACGAGAUGUGGUGUGCCCUUCUGGAGAAGGCUUAUGCCAAAUUAACUGGGUGUUAUGAGGCUCUUGAUGGUGGGAACACAGCCGAUGCCCUUGUGGAUUUCACCGGUGGGGUCUGUGAGCCCAUCGAGCUCUCGGAAGGAGAUUACAUCAAUGAUGCCAACAAAAGAAAUGAACUUUUUGAGAGAGUCCUGAAAGUACAUAAUCGCGGAGGCCUGAUCAGCUGCUCAAUCAAGGCUACGACAGCUGCUGACAUGGAGGCGCGGUUGGGCUGUGGCCUGGUGAAGGGCCACGCCUACGCUGUGACUGACGUGAAGAAAGUGCGCCUGGGGCACGGGCUGUUGGCAUUCUUUAAAUCUGAGAAGCUGGACAUGAUCAGAAUGCGCAAUCCGUGGGGGGAACGAGAGUGGAACGGGCCCUGGAGCGACAGCUCCGAGGAGUGGCAGAAAGUGAGCAAGAGUGAGCGGGAGAACCUGGGGGUGACCGUGGAGGACGACGGAGAGUUUUGGAUGACCUUUGAAGACUUCUGCAAGUAUUACACCGACAUCAUCAUGUGCCGACUCAUAAACACCUCUCACUUAAGCAUUCACAAGACCUGGGAGGAGUCUGUGUUGCGGGGAUCCUGGAUCAGGCAUGAUGACCCUCUGCAGAACCGCUCUGGAGGCUGUCUCAACAACAAGAUCGCCUUCCUCCAGAACCCACAGUUUGUGUUUGAUGUGAAGAAGCCGGAAGAUGAAGUUCUCGUUUGCCUUCAGCAGAAGACCAAGCGGACAACCCAGAAGGACGGAAAGUUUGAGAACCUGGCCAUUGGGUUUGAGGUUCUCCGGGUGGAGUUAAACCGCAAGUACCGGAUGCACACGUUACAGGCGAAGAUCGCCGGCUCCACCUACAUCAACUCUCGCAGCGUCUUCCAAAGGAUGGAGCUGAAGGAGGGCCGGUACGUCAUCGUUCCCACCACAUUUGAGAGUGGCAAGACGGGAGACUUUCUUCUGCGAGUGUUCACUGAUGUGCCUUCCAACUGCUGUGAGCUGACGCUAGAUGAGCCCCGGAAGACCUGUUGGUCCGGAAUGUGCGGCUUCCCUCAGCUGGUGUCGCAGGUCCACGUGCUCAGCGCGACGGGACUCAAACAGCAGGACUCUCAAGGAGGCGCAGACCCGUAUGUCAUUAUUGGCUCUGAAGGGGCUAAAGUACAAUCGCCAGUCCUAAAGGACACACUCUCUCCGCAAUUCGACGUCAAGGGCUUGUUCUACCGGAAGAAACCGGGGCAGCCCAUCAUCAUCCAGGUGUGGAAUCACAAUGUGGUAAAAGACGAGUUCAUGGGUCAGGUGGUCCUCGCCGGGGACCCGAACAACCAGCAGACCCAGCACAGCAUCCCGCUCCAGGACAAGAGCAACAAAGCCAAUCCCCAGGUGUCCGGUUCCAUUCAGCUGGUCCUAUUGACCAGCAACAGCCUCACCGGAAUCUAACUGUUGCCAGAACCCCGCAGGUGCCUUUGGGAAAGCCUGACAGACAUCAUCGCCUCAUUCCAAACUUCUACUUGUGGCCUAUGUAUUUCAAAGAUAAACCAUAUCAUAUUGUGCAUCUAUAGUGACAUGGUAACAGGGUAUGCAAUCCAGUGCAAGCAGUGUGCCAUACUGUGUAACUAUAGUGACAUGGUAACAGGGUAUGCAAUGCAGUGCAAGCAGUGUGCCAUACUGUGUAACUAUAGUGACAUGGUAACAGGGUAUGCAAUGCAGUGCAAGCAGUGUGCCAUACUGUAACUAUAGUGACAUGGUAACAGGGUAUGCAAUGCAGUGCAAGCAGUGUGCCGUACUGUAACUAUAGUGACAUGGUAACAGGGUGUGCAAUGCAGUGCAAGCAGUGUGCCGUACUGUAACUAUAGUGACAUGGUAACAGGGUAUGCAAUGCAGUGCAAGCAGUGUGCCGUACUGUGUAACUAUAGUGACAUGGUAACAGGGUAUGCAAUGCAGUGCAAGCAGUGUGCCGUACUGUGUAACUAUAGUUACAUGGUAACAGGGUAUGCAAUGCAUUGCAAGCAGUGUGCCGUACUGUGUAACUAUAGUGACAUGGUAACAGGGUGUACAAUGCAGUGUGCCGUACUGUGCAACUAUAGCGACAUGGUAACAGUAUGCAGUCAGAUGCAUGCAUGCAGUGUGCCGUACUGUGUAACUAUAGCGACAUGGUAACAGUAUGCAGUCAGAUGCAUGCAUGCAGUGUGCCGUACUGUGUAACUAUAGCGACAUGGUAACAGUAUGCAGUCAGAUGCAUGCAUGCAGUGUGCCGUAUUGUGCAACUAUAGCGACAUGGUAACAGUAUGCAGUCAGGUGCAUGCAGUGUGCCGUACUGUGUAACUAUAGCGACAUGGUAACAGUGUGCAGUCAGGUGUAUGCAUGCAGUGUGCCGUACUGUGUAACUAUAGCGACAUGGUAACAGUAUGCAGUCAGGUGUAUGCAUGCAGUGUGCCGUACUGUGUAACUAUAGCGACAUGGUAACAGUGUGCAGUCAGGUGUAUGCAUGCAGUGUGCCGUACUGUGUAACUAUAGCGACAUGGUAACAGUGUGCAGUCAGGUGUAUGCAUGCAGUGUGCCGUACUGUGUAACUAUAGCGACAUGGUAACAGUAUGCAGUCAGAUGCAUGCAUGCAGUGUGCCGUACUGUGUAACUAUAGCGACAUGGUAACAGUGUGCAGUCAGGUGUAUGCAGUGUGCUGUACUGUGUAACUAUAGCGACAUGGUAACAGUAUGCAGUCAGGUGUAUGCAGUGUGCCACACUGUGUAACUAUAGUGACAUGGUAACAGUGUGCAGUCAGGUGUAUGCAGUGUGCUGUACUGUGUAACUAUAGCGACAUGGUAACAGUGUGCAGUCAGGUGUAUGCAGUGUGCUGUACUGUGUAACUAUAGCGACAUGGUAACAGUAUGCAGUCAGGGGUAUGCAGUGUGCCACACUGUGUAACUAUAGUGACAUGGUAACAGUGUGCAGUCAGGUGUAUGCAGUGUGCUGUACUGUGUAACUAUAGUGACAUGGUAACAGUAUGCAGUCAGAUGCAUGCAGUGUGCCACACUGUGUAACUAUAGUGACAUGGUAACAGUGUGCAGUCAGAUGCAUGCAGUGUGCCGUACUGUGUAACUAUAGCGACAUGGUAACAGUGUGCAGUCAGGUGUAUGCAUGCAGUGUGCCGUACUGUGUAACUAUAGCGACAUGGUAACAGUGUGCAGUCAGAUGCAUGCAGUGUGCCGUACUGUGUAACUAUAGCGACAUGGUAACAGUGUGCAGUCAGAUGCAUGCAGUGUGCCGUACUGUGUAACUAUAGCGACAUGGUAACAGUGUGCAGUCAGAUGCAUGCAGUGUGCCGUACUGUGUAACUAUAGCGACAUGGUAACAGUGUGCAGUCAGAUGCAUGCAGUGUGCCGUACUGUGUAACUAUAGCGACAUGGUAACAGUGUGCAGUCAGAUGCAUGCAGUGUGCCGUACUGUGUAACUAUAGCGACAUGGUAACAGUGUGCAGUCAGAUGCAUGCAUGCAGUGUGCCACACCGUGUUUUACAGACAGAAAAAUUAUUAUCGUUAUUGCAGGGAAAUUGCAUCAGUUAUUGUAUUUAUCAUUCUAUUCCCUGUGCUUCCAUUUUGUAUACAAAUAUUUAGAGACCUAUUUACUGUAUAAAGACCGGUAUAGAAACACUAUUGCCAUUAUAAUGGAACUAUUCUUUAAAGACCUCUUGGGUGAAGUCUGCAUGGAGGCACCACUUUGAGCACGGAGCUCUUGUGCAAUCAGUUCACCCUUCAGUCAGCGCUGUGCGACCAUAUGCAUAAACCUAGGCUGUGUCUUUUUAACGACUCCAUUACUCACUGCAUGCCAAAGCCUAGUGUUACUGCCCACUGCGCACAUUAAGGUGCGCUCCACUACUGUAUUGCAAUGCCUAAAUGUAUCUAGUUGAAAGAACUUUUAUUGGUGUGACUGCAAGAAGUCAAUUUAUUUGACUAUUUCUUGAUUGGCCGGUAGAGAUUGAUUUUUUUAUUUUAUUUUAGUUUUUUAUUACUGUUUUUAUCUGCCAUAGAUUGGAUUGGCCUCUGUAUGUAGUCUACAGUCUCCCACAAAAAUGUGUCCAAUAAAGUUGUCUAUCUUUAGAUAUUGUAACAGGAGUCUUGCUAGAAUGUGCUCUGCUACAAAAAUUCCACCAACGACCGACUCCAGGCUUGUGCAAAAACAACAAGUACCUUUUAUUCAGAUAUCUCAAAAACAAAGCUAUACAUAAAACAAAGAUCACUGUCUUUAGUAUAAACUACCAGGGAGGUUAGGCCCUGCCUCACUCCCUCUUACUUAAUAAGGAACCUUUCAGGUCCCGGCAUCCUGACACUAGUGGCCCAGCCCUCCGGAUCCCACUGUCCCUAGCAGGCCUAUCACCUGGACAUUAACUGCCUUCAGGAGCCCUGACUUAUGGGAGAGACUCUGCUUUAAACCCAGCACCCAGGUGCUGGCUGAUGAAGCAGCUUCUUGGGCUAAGAAGCCUAUAAGACCUGGUCUGGGCCAAAUGGAUGGGAACCUGGACCAUCCACACUUCCCAUCCACCCCCAGGAUCCUGUGUGUAACUUACAGGUGGCAAAGUACCUCUCCUGUCACAUACACUUUCCCUCAGCUUUUCCUGGCUCAGACAAGCCAGGCUCUGACAUUGGCAAGGUUUCACAUUUGGCAAUUAUUUUGGGCUGAAAAAUCUUUGGGACAUAACUUGGGCCCAUACACCUGGGUCUCAAGUUCCUCUCCGAAGUACACGUCCGAGGCCCUUUUCACUGGCCUUGGAAUCUAUUUCCAUUAAAGGUUGGUGGCACCAACUCCACUGUGCCACCUUCCCUUUCCCUCCACUUUGGCAUAGUGGCCAAAGUGGUCAUUUUAAUGAACAACUUCCUGUUGCCCACUAAACUUCGUUUCCCUUUUCGGGCUCGGAUUUACUGGCUACUGAGGAAGUCGCUUCAUUCUUGUCUGGGUGUUUGUGACACCUGACCUUAACCAACCCUGGACUGGGGAAGGUUUUUAAGUUCACUCUAGGCCUAGUAGUCACCUCGUCCCUCACUGGGCUUGGCCUAUAUGGACAAUUCCACCUUUUAUGGCCCAGCUUUUGGCACCGGUAACACCUAGUCUCUGCCCUGACUUUAAUUGUUCUGAGGUCAUGGUCCAACUUUGCCCCCACCCUUUCCCUCAGAGUGAGGCAUUUGUCCCGAGUCUCAGAAAGUCCUUUCAUUUGUUGAACUUUUAGUGCUUCCUUCAGUCUUUCCAGCUUUGGCAACAUUUUCUUUAUUAACGUGACUGCUUAGUAAUCCGAUCUCUCAUCUUUGACCCUAGUCACUGUCUCCUGCUGUUCUAUGACCAGCACAUAACCCAUUGUGAGUCACUUGUCCAGGUCUCUUAUUCGACUCCAUAGUUUAGGAAUGUCCUUCACCAUUUUUUUUUAGCUGGCUGUUACUUAGGGCCAGCUUUUGGAACUCUCCCCUCAAGUUUUCCAGCUUUCGUGUCUCAUAUAGAGAACUCUCCCUGGGUAGCGCAACCUCAGAAAUGGGACUCUGCACCGAUUCCUCUGAGACAGGUUCUUGCUCCUUACUUAGUGUGUCCUUUAUGAACUGUCCGAGUUUAGCAAUUGGAUCUUGAGCCUCCUGUGGUGGAUCAUGCUGGGGUGCAACAACCCCAAGAUCGAAAUCUUGCACCUUAUCCUCCUCAUACACGUGGGGAACCCCUUCAGAAGCAGGUUCUUGGAUGACUUCGGAAGUGGACUCCUGUAUUGCAACUAGCUUAGCCAUGACUAGCUCACGUAGGCAAAACACCUCCAAAGGUACGGUUUUUGUCUGUGAUUCGUCAGAGAAAGUCUCACAUAUGCACUGGAUGUCGAGAACCGGGGGGGAACCUGUGAUGUCCCAUCAGGGAUUAACUUCUGAAUGUACAUCGCGUCAACAGGAGAAGGAACCUGGGUUUCCAAGACCUCAACAGAAGCUAUCUCCAGCUCAGAUAAGACUUCCUGUUCUAGGAUGGGCUGUUGAGUGGUCAUCAAAUUGCCAUCUGUCCAGGUAGAUUCCUUGGGUUUAUCAUUCUGCCACAGAUCCAGCAGAUUAGAGUAUUCUUGUUUUGGAGGUGGAUGAUCACUUGACAUCAAGUCAACAUCUAGCUCCAUUACCACUUCUCCUCACUCCCUGUCAACUGAAGAGCAGCCGGGAAUCCCACAUCUUCAUCUCGUGUAUCCAUAAACACAUCUUAUGUGAGCACCUGUGGCUGCCAUGCUCCAUCUUGAACAGGUUCCACUGAACUCAGGGCUUUGUUCCACUCUUCGCCCAAGCUACUACAACGUUCUUUUUCCAGAGAAUGAGGUGGUCCUGCUUCAGAGGAACUUCUCACUGCCGUCCUAGGGGUAAACCGCGAAACACUGCCAUCUGAUGUGGCUUUCUCUUGCUGCUUGAAAAAUCUACGUGGAUUUUCUGUGCGCUGCGCAAUAAUGGCUGCAGCUUCCUCCAUGCUCUGGAACGGCAAUACCAACUGAAUGGACAUUAGUGCCUGUAAAUGUUCUACCUCUGAGGAAGGCCCUCAUUUCCACUUUCUAGGCAGAUGGCCUUACUAGUGCCAUAGAAGGGAGCCUUCUGGGCCUUACGCACUGGCAGCUCUGGCUCAACUUUCCUGUUCCUUCUGGCUGUAACAGGGAAUCCAGUAUAGCCGGGUUCCAUUACAGUAUAGUACCAUUCUUCCACAGCCUGCACCACCGUUGGCAUAAUUUCCCCCGAAGAUGGCAUCUCCAUUUUGGCUGAUAAUGUCUCUGACCCAACAUUUGGCAUAACGUCUUCAGCAACUGGUAUAGCUACGCCUGUGUCUGAACUGAAACUAGGCAUAGCCAAUGGUUUUAGCUUAGAAACCUCCUCCUGAAGCUCCGCUAAGUCUUGCGACAGAGCCUUUUUGGCCAGCACCAAACUCCCAUAUCGUGUCUGGUCACAGGAGAUUUCCUGUAAUCGUCCUUGGCUAUGUACUACAAAGUUUUCAGAUCUGGGUUUAGCCUUUGCCAAGGUUUUCUGCAACUCUGACACCUGGCAUGAGAUCUUGGCAAUCUCUUCUCUACUCCUUCCCCAAUUUGGUCAGAGAGUCAGACAAAAGAGAUUCCUUCUCCUCCAGCUUUUGUGUUAAGGUGUUCACCUGCUCUUGAAGAAAAUCACAUUUUUCCUUAAGGUCUUCUAGCUCCUGGUCCUUUAAUUGGACAUUGCUUUCAAAGUCAAUUAUCGUGCAACACCAAAAAAAAGGUUCCAUGUUAAAAUCUUACCCAAGAUCUGGAUUACUCCCCAAUAAGCUCUCCACUUCACUCUACACCUGUGGGGCUUUAAUAGGGUCACAUAAGUUGUUUUUUUUAGCAUGAAUUCUCUUUUUGUUACCUAUUUGAAGAGACACUUCAGAAUAUGCUAUAUAUCUAGAAAUCUUUAUUCACACUGUUACCUUUGAAAACUGUAAGUGAAAGGGAAAAUAAAAAUUCCUUUUUUCUUUUUAGCACAGAUUAAGCUUUUAACAAAGCACUGAAAGGUAGCAUGUACAUAGUCAUCCCACAUACCUUACACUGGUAGUGCAAAUAAAUAACUUCUCCCUUCAGGCUCUUAAAACUAGAACUCAGGGAUUGCUGGGUCACACAGUGCCACAAAAUUUCUCUAUUUAAAUAGAACCACAUUUAUAAAAGGUUUCAACUUUGCUUGAUUGGUCUUAAUGUGCUAAUUAACAGGGACACCAGACUCCCAUUACCAGAUUUUGCAGGUACAUGUAAAUAUAAGCUUGGAAAAGAAAUUCAGUCAUAAAUUAUCAGCUGCUUGCAACCCCUUAGAGCAAAUCAGCACAGCAAAUCAGCACAGCUACUUUCAAUGAAUGGUGCAAAGCAUAUAAGACAGAACAGGCCGUGCACCCUGUUUAACCUCUUUGCUGCCAAUGCAAACCUUUGCACCAAAAUUAAACACUUUCAGUUUAAACAAAACAUAUCCUUAUUUUUACCCCGUGGGGUUGGGUUUAACCACUACUCACAAUACCCGUGGUCUAGUACUGAUGCCCACGAGUUCAGCUUGGUCUGGAGUUCGCUGGUAUGUGUGCCACUCCCUUGCGGCUGUUGGGUCCUCUGCCACAUGUGACACGACUAGCAGAAGGGCCCUACGUUGGGCGCCAUUUGCAACAGGAGUCUUGCUAGAAUGCACUCUACUACAAAAAUUCCACCAACGACCGACUCCAGGCUUGUGCAAAAACAACAAAUACCUUUUAUUCAGGUAGCUCAAAAACCAAGAUAUACAUAAAACAAAGAUCACUGUCUUUAGUAUAAACUACCAGGGAGGUUAGGCCCUGCCUCACUCCCUCUUACUUAAUAAGGAACCUUUCAGGUCCCGGCAUCCUGACACUAGUGGCCCAGCCCUCCGGAUCCCACUGUCCCUAGCAGGCCUAUCACCUGGACAUUAACUGCCUUCAGGAGCCCUGACUCAUGGGAGAGACUCUGCUUUAAACCCAACACCCUGGCUGAUGAAGCAGCUUCUUGGGCUAAAAAGCCUAUAAGACCUGGUCUGGGCCAAAUGGAUGGGAACCCGGUCCAUCCGCACUUCCCAUCCACCCCCAGGACCCUGUGUAUAGCUUACAGGUGGCAAAGUACCUCUCCUGCCACAUCAUUAAACAGCAAUCGGCUUUGUGCAAUCCCGUGGAGCUCACGCGGAAGAACUGCCUCCUAUUUAAUUGAUUUUCUUUUUUUAGUACGUGUGGGUAUCUUAAGCCAAUGACAAUGUUUUAUUCUGUACAUAUUAUGAACAGAUAAAAAAAUGCUUGAAUGUUAUAAAGAACGUUUACCCAAAUGUAUAACCUACUGUAUUAUGGCAUAAAAAAACAACUGACUGGCCAGGCUUAGAAAUAAGCCAGUGGAUGAAUUUUGCCAAAAGCCUCAGUCUAUCUUGUAAUCAGGACAAAAAGCUUAAACCAAGACUGGCAGAUAACUGACAGCGAAGUGUGUAAAUCUUUUUAGGGUGCCUCUGAGAGAAGGAAGCUAUAUUAGCAGAGUCGGCAAGGAUUCAUUUCCUUAUACACAGGGUCCAAAAUGCCAAAUAACUCUUUAAUUUCUGUACUUUCUUUUUUUAUGUAAUUGGGCGACAUUUCUGAAAUAGUUUGACGUGGAACUGUAGAAAAGGCGCUGUUUCCCAUAGCAACUGGUCUGAUUCUUACUGACGUGUUCAAGAUGGAACACCACCAAAUGUUUUGCCCAGUUACCUUAUAACUGCUUGUUAUGUCUUAAGAUUCUGUUCAUCUGUGAAAAUCUCAUUUGAUAACUUGAUUUAAAUCUGUUUUAUAUUGUCGACAUUCAAUGUAUUGUUAUACUCUGGAUUUGGGUUUCUGGGAAUUUAUAUUUUGUUACAUUGAACUUUUCUAUUUUAGUACUUUUUUUAAUUUGAAUUUUUUUUUAUGUUUGCAAAUUUACACUUUAUAAUCAUUAAAAUGUGUCCAGGAGAAA